UUUUUACUAAGCCGUUUGAAGACCUCAGGCGUUAGAUCUGUGCGAAAUUCGUGGUCAGGGAACAGACUGUAACCUUGAAACGAGGUCGCAGAGCAUAGGGGACUUUUUAAAAUCGCACAUGGUUGUCCUUAAAGUAUCACCCGGAGACUUCUCGAACUUCAAUAUAGCUGAUGUGAUUAUCGAAAAGCUUCGCGCCCGAAAUAUUUCUGAACUAUUUCCCGUGCAAUUCAAAACAUACGACAUCAUAUCAUCGGGGAGAGAUGCAGUUGUGUUAGCGAGAACCGGGACGGGAAAAACCUUAGCAUUUUCCUUACCAUUGGUCAAUUCGCUUAUAAAAGGUCAGGGAUCUCGUCCAUCUAGUCCUGUGGUCCUUGUACUGGCUCCAACACGAGAACUAGUGACCCAAAUUGCUACAGAUUUCGAGUCCAUUUCUGUUCAUGGCAUUAAAGUGACUUCAGUUUACGGAGGAGUUCCUUAUAGACCACAAUGUGACGCCCUUCGUCAGGGUACUCAUAUUGUAGUUGGUGCUCCUGGCCGAGUUAUUGACUUGAUGGAAAAAGGUGUUUUAAAGUUGUCAAGCGUUCGUCAUGUUGUCCUAGAUGAGGUGGAUCGUAUGCUGGAUAUGGGUUUCAGUAAAGAUGUGGAAAGUAUUUUGUCAAAAAUAUACAACAGCGAAAAUUCUGAAAAACCUCAAACUCUUCUUUUCUCCGCUACUAUGCCUUCAUGGGUUUCAGAGAUAUCAAGAUGUUAUCUUUCAGAUGAUGCCUUAAACUUAUCUUUAAUAGAUGAACAAGAAACGAAAACUUCCACCAAUGUCACACAUUUAGCUCUUCUGUGCCCUUAUGAAUCACGUGCAGCUACGUUAUCAGAUGUCAUAAAAGUUUAUUGCAAGGGUCGAGAGUCGAGAUGCAUUGUGUUUUGUGAACGCAAAAAGGACGCAGACGAGUUAUCUGCAAGUGAUGCUAUGUCAGGUGAUUGUCAUGUUCUUCAUGGAAGUGUUCCACAAGACAAACGAGAGUUAGUUCUUCAAAGAUUCCGUGACGGUAAAUACAGGACGCUGCUGACAACUAACGUGGCUGCUCGUGGUCUAGAUGUUCCAAACGUAGAUUUAGUUAUACAGUGCCAUCCUCCACGGGAUAUUGAAGACUAUAUUCACCGUUCAGGUCGAACUGGUCGAGCCGAUCGAAGUGGUACUUCCAUCUGUUUUUAUACUUACAAGGAACGUAGUUUGCUUUCCAGGAUUGAAAACAUGGCGGGUAUAACAUUUCGCCGCAUAUCUGCACCUACUAUUAACGACAUAACUACUGCUUGGGGUGAAGAAAUUUUAAAGUAAAUGUGAUAUGUGUUAUGAUUUCUCUUGUUACGACCUGGCUAUUCUUAUUGUUUAGUAUUAUUGGAUACCACUUCAUUCGACAAGUCCCCAAAUCAGAACAUGGUUAAACAGGAACGUAAUUAUACUCCAAAUAAACAAGGUUGGAUGGAAUUUAGAGUUACAAUAAGAAUUUUUCUGUCAAGUAAAGCUUCUGCUGGAAAAAUCCCGUUAAUUGUCUGAGGAUUUGAUGUGAAACGAUAGAUAAGAAGGGACCUCUAUAAAAUAUUUGGUGGUCCCCUUCCCCUUUGAUUUUUGCAGAGUACUUUUAAAUAUACCAACUAAGCGUUCUACCUGGCCAUUGGAUGGAGAAUGAAACGGAGGUGUUCGGACAUGAUUAAUUCUGUUCUGCUAACAAAAUUCUAAGAAGAUAGCAGACUUGAACCGUGUCCGAAUAUCGCUAACUACCAAUCCUGUAACCCCGAAACGACUAAAUAGUUGACGUAAUUUUCUGACUGUUCAGCUUGCAGUUGCAUGUCUCAUGAGAAAAACUUCCGGCCACUUGCUGUAUGCGUCAACUACCAAAAGGUAAGUUUGUCCAUGAAGUGGACCAGUAAAGUCUGAGUGCAUACGCUGCUACGGUGACUACAAUAUUGACAUGAUUGCAGCUCUGCUUUCUGUGGUACUUUCACUCAAAAUCAUACGAGCGUGGUACUUUUGUUGCUAAUGCGUAUUUGAUGCACAAACGGGAUGGCUGCUCCAUUUAGGUGUCUAAAUGAGGCCAGUAUACAUAACUUCGUGCUAGCGCUUUCAUGUGAUCUAUUCCAGGAUGUCUUGCGUGCAACUGUUCAUGCACUGCUGGUCGCAGCUUCUUUGGGAUUAUGAUACGUUCGACAAACAAAAGGCGGUCGUCGAUGAUUAAGAUAGUCUACUCUGGCAAAACUGCUGAAGCGCUGUGAAGCUGAUUUUCGAGGGCUUUAACUAGUUAUUUAUAACCUUGAUUCGAACAUUUACUAACUGAUUUGCGAAACGCUAAGUUAUUUUUCAGUCAUCAUGCUCUGAAGUAGUUUUUACUCUAGUCGACUAAAUAAGUUGAGUGGCAUGAAGAACUCAGAGCUUCUUGUGUUUAAGGGUAUAUAGUUUUAGUUGGACUCAAAGAUAUUGAGGUUUUUCAGUUGUAUGUACAACUGGAAAAAAUGUGUUUUCAAAGUACACAGUUGCAUUAAACUACUCAUAUUUUUGUCUGCAUAAUGGUAAUUUUGAUUUCUCCUAAUCUCACUUUAAAAUGCCAAGUAAAGUUGUUUUAAGUCCCCACCUCUCAUUUAUAAUUCCGUUUGUGAACAUUAUGGUAGCAUCUGACCCAUGAAAAUACACGUUUACUUUAUUAUUAAUAUUAUGGCAGAAUAACAUAGGGUCCUUUUUAAAAGUUUCAAAAUGUCGGGCAACCUGUUAAAAAGUUACAUCCUAUGAGUAAUUCAAGGAUACAAUAACGUCCAAAAAAUUAGAGAAGCCACAAUACCAAGAUGUAAAUUGAUUGUUGACAUGUAAUGUACAUGUUGGCUUCCCUGUAUCUGUCAAAGGACACCCUUUUUCGUUUGAUUUUUAUCAUCAGUAGUAAGGAAUUGAAGUAGUUUGACCAUGUGGUUACUAUCAGUUACCAAUAUUACUAUUGAUUUGGCCAUGAUAUGUUAUAAUGCUGAUUGUAUGCACCAUUAGCUAAUCUUGCAUAAGUUAAAAAUUUUACUUGUACAUUCAGCUAGUAUUAAUAACUUUCUUCCUAUUUUUAAUGUAGAACAUUCUCCAAUGUGCCCAAAUCUACUUGGUCCACGUUUGUACCUUUGGCCUUAUCCAUUGCAAACCAGCUUGCACAGAACUCAAAAACUGGGAAAGUGAAAAAAGAUUCUUGUGACGACUUAGGGGUUGAUGAUGAUAAGACACCUGGUCGUAAGCCUAAAUCUAAAGACAUACUUCGUGUUCUUUGUUGUGCAUUAGCUUGCCUGAGUGGCAAAGAAGGUGCAGUUGAAAGUCGCUCUGCGCUCACGGCACAGAUAGGUAAAACAGCCUAUAAGCUUGAGUUGAAUUUUAUUGCACGAAGCAAGGGACUAGCCUUCGCUACAUUACGAAACCACUUACCGGAAAACAUUGUGAACAGUGUUCAUAGUCUAAGUUUCAUUCGUGGGAAAAUGGUAAGCCGUUUUUGAAAAAAAAAUUUGAUAAAAAUUUCCAAUGUAAUAUGCUAUUUUGACAAUAUUCGACUGUCGAUCUACAGUGUUUGUCAAGUCUGCUUACUAUUUUAUACCCGACUUCAUAAAUAUACUCGAAAGGUAACCUAAAUCCUGGGUUUUCAAGGGCUGUCAAUGACUAAGAGGAUGAAGAUGAUACAGUCCUACUUAAUGAAAACACUGACAUGUUACUGAGUUUUUUUGUCUUCCUUGAGUAAUAGUGCCAAAAUGUUUGCAAUGCCUUUCUCUCCUUUUGAAUGCAAAAUGUUGUUUUAGGACUAGUGUGGUUUAGUGUCUAAUCUGACUAUAGGGAGUUAAGGAUCUAAUCAUGUUGAUCACUUAAUUUAUCCUGCCACUUAUCAAUAGUCCUAGUGAGCCAAUGACUUUUUCGGGAUUCUGAACCUGUGCCAUCCGUGGCUCAGACCAAAUGUUCAUAUGAUCAAGGUACGGAAGAUAUACAAUGUAUCAUAUUGCUGUUGUUUUAUAAUUAUGGAGCAUGACCAUUUGUAGGUUGUCAAUGUUUGGUUAUAAUCAUUUUUAUAGUAUUUGCUGUAAGUGAUGAAACCAGUAAAUAAGGAAUACAGGAAUUAUGGGUAUGAUCUAUCUUGUUAUCUAAUACACACAUAUUGCUACAACUGGGCACCGAAAAAAAUUUGCUCCGUACAAACAAGAAAAUAAAAUUGUAGAGAAAUAUAUGAUGGAAUAUAAUUAAAAACGUUGAUGAAAAAAAUAAGUGAACUAGAGUAUUGUAGUAGAAGAAAAGUCCAGUUAGAUUGCAACCAGAAAGAAGCCUUACCCGUAACUAAUCAAAUGAGAUUUGUAGGCGCAUAUUUAUCUGGUGCUUCCUUGUACCAAUAUUUAUGUGUUUAAAUAAAUAAAUAACUAAGUUAGCUACAUUUUUUUAUAUAAAUAAUACAAUUAAAAAUUAUAAUAAGGUCGUUAUUUACUUCUGUUAACGUCCUUAAUUACUGAAUUGUCAUCUUUUGGACAUUAACGAGGAGGUUAUGACGUUUCAACAGAUACCAGUCUUUUACAGCUUUCGUUCAUAUCACAGCGGCAUUUCAUAAACUAUUUUUAUCACCACAUCACCAGUGAUCAAUGCCCACUUUAGAAUUCACUCGGAUGAUAGCUUUAACACAUGCCCAAGCUAUUGAAGUCAAUUUUUCAAGGUGCUAUCACUGCUCACAAACCUCAACAUUAUUAACAUCCUAUUGCCACUAAAUGUCAGCAAUCCUUUGGAAACAACGGUAAUCGGCCACAGUUGUUGGACACCAUCGAAUCGGAGGGGCUAGGUUUCACAAAAAUAGAAACUACUCUCAGCUAACCUUUUGUAGCCAGACUAACAUCGUGACGGAGUCAAAGAUGAUCCGAAUUAGCAUAUACCUUUCUAGCUUUCACUUAACGUAAAUUGAUCUCAUCACCAGCGCUCACACAACUGCGAGGAGACAAACACCUAACAACCCACUAUCGAGGUAUAGCAGGUAUAGCCUCCUCCCAGUCUUGCAGAAGUAUCCCGUACUUAAAAGAUGCAACGUCUAUGUCAUACCCAUUAACGCUGAUUCUAUCUCUUGUGUAUCAUCACACACUAAUACAAUAUCAUCUACAUAAUCAAGGACGAAAAUAUUUUCUACAUGUAAGAAAUCGUCAUCACCACCACUUCGUACUUCUGUAAAAGAUGUUUCAAAAAUGUCAUCGAUCGCAAUGUUGAGGAGAAAUCCUGAGACUGGGGAAACCUGCCUAAAGAGGGAGAAGGGUGGUUGAAUACUAUCAUCCUGCCUGAAGUGUUCGUUCACAAACCCUUCAGCAUAUUAAUAGACUUGUCAGUCAUACUGUUCAGCAGGUAAUCUCAGCAUAGUCUUGUCUAACGAAUUGAAAACGGCCCUGAUAUCAAGAAACAACAAUUGUUGACGUCCAAUAAGUGUGACAGUACUCUAAUUUUAGGCAGGUAGUGGAAAUAUAAUCAAUACACCCACAACGUAAUCGGAAACCAACCUGCCCACCUCAAGUCACUGUUUUAUGGGUCUUGCUCAAUCCUCGAAGUACGACUAAAGCUGAUAGUUUAGAUAUAAUCAGAACUAGACUUGUUUCCCAAUAGUUGUUCGAUAGACAAUAUAGGGCCUUUUUAAGGAUGAAGGCAAUAAUUACUUUUUUUUUUACAGUGUUAAAACACUUUCCCCAAAACUUUCUGAGCGAUUCAUUCAUUUCCAUAAUCAGGAGUUCCCCAAAAUCCCUAAAAAGAGAUGAAUAAGUCCUCUAAACCCCGUGAAUUAUGACUCUUCAGAAUUUAAAGUUCCUUGUGGACCUCCUGUUCGUUAGGUAUAUCAGUCCUCAUCGACCAUUAAGGGCAGUGUAGUCUGGUCAAUGUUGCUGGGGUUGUAAACCAACCGUCUUGUUUUCGAAAAGCUUUUAUCUGACGAGUCCCCAAUGGCCACCCAAGUGACUCUCUCUUUCUUGCCUAGACGCCUGACCUGUUGAUUCAAACCCCCUGACUAACACUAGAUAUAAAUACUCAGUCGUUCGAUAGGACUAUAAAUCUUCAUCAAUCAAAGUAUCUGGGGUGCAUACCGUAAUUCUCAGUUUGCACACGGUACGUUAAUAAGCCUUAUUCCCCACGAAGUUUUUUCUAUCAGAAGAGCUUCAAACGUAAAGACUGGAUAUUUAUAGUAACGACUGUCAUGUUAUGUAAAUCCGUAACGCUCUACAAUGUUAUUAAGAUUUAUGUUACUGCAAUAGUAUUCAUACUAAAUUUAUUUUAUACUCAUGUCAUUAUUACAAGGGAUACGUGUUCGAUCUGCCUUCAGAGCAUGAUGAAUUUGUAAAGUCGACAUGGCCAAAUGAUGCACAAGCUAAACUUUCGCUACUUUCUGAAAUCCCAGAAUUAGAAGAGGAAGAAUCUUUCAAUCAAGGUCGUUCAGGAAAUUAUGGAUCCUGGCAGAGUCGAUUUAACAGCGGCUCGAGACAGUCAUUUAAACGUUCUUAUAGUAAUGGUACUUUCAAAAGUUCAUUCAGAAGUUCAAAGUCCUUUAAAUUUGAUAACAGUUGAAUAAACAUUUGCUCUGAAUUUUAAUCUUUUUUAUAUUCCACAUAUAUUUGUGUGGUAGCAAACUUAGUUGUCAUGCUUGAGUUUCAAAUCCAUACUUCUCAUUAUCGUGCUUUGUCGGGUAUAAAAACAAUCGAUAGAAUACAUACUCUGAGAGAGCUAGGAUUUUUACUAGCUACAUGAUUGUUAUUAGUAAAUAAUUAUACGACGCUCCUCGGCGUUUUGUGUUUUUUCAUAUAUAUAAGAUUAGCAACCGGUAGUUUUAAGGUCCGCUAUGAUUUUUGUUUUAUCUCACCUUCUUACUUCUAUCAGUAGCAUUCUAUCUAAUCAAGUGCUAAACUUGUAUUUGAGCAUUCCGACUAAGUGUGCUUAGUCGGUCUUUACGUUCUACUUUCAGAUGAUUGAUAUCUUUCAUCAGUAACAUCGAGUGAAUAAUAUUGGGGCAUCGCACGUGGUUUUGAUUUUAUCCAGUUUAAAGCACUAUCGUUUUAGAUUCACAUAUGCUGCUUCAGCUUCUUUCACCAAGUUCACCGAUUUCUCGCUCUAAACUAACCGUACGUAUGUGAUCAAUGGUCUCGCUGGUGCGGCUGACCAGUUGUUCGUAAAUUUCAGCUUGUAAUCAAGACUCAGUGUUGAUCCCUUGUUUCUUCUGUUAGUCUUCUCUAAUUGAGUUAGAUCAAUAUAUAUGUAUAUAUUUUCUAUAUCUAUUAGACUAGAAGAUUUUAUUGCCAAAACAAACGCACAUUAAUCAUGUUCUCAUUCUUAUUAAAAAAAUCCAGAUUAUAAUGCUAUGCUAGUUGUGUUCAUAGCUAACCAAUCAAGUCGUUGCUUAGGUUCCCAUUGCAUUGAUCUGCUCUGAUAUGUCUGUAAACUACCUCUGUUGCAUGUGACCUACCAAUUG